GUAUAAAAACUGGCAUGAUACUGACUACAAUCAUCAGUUUACUGACAUCCACCGACCAACCAGUCAAGACACCAAUCAACAAAAUGGCAUUCAAACUUACCAUUGCUCUGGCCCUCUUCGCCGUUAUCUACGGAGCUCAAGCUAAUGAACUAGGGAACCUAGGAGGCGAUCCGCUGGGAAUUUUGACAAACCUUGCGGGCAAUGUUCCUAUUGUUGGUGACGUGCUGUCAAGUGUAGUACCAUCUAAUGAUGCAGCCAGUACUGAUCCAUCCGUCUCAACCACCCCAGGAUCGGCCCUUGGAGGACUUGGAGCAAUUCUAUCAGUUUUUCAAGGCCUUGGACCACUUGGAUCCAUUUUGGCUGUAGUUUUCGGAUUGCUAACAGGCCUUUUAAACCUUUCAUCCAUUUUUGGUAGCCUUCCUCUCACUGGUUAAUAAUUCAAAACAAGUAUGUUAUUAUCGACAUCGACCAAUGCGUCUUCACUUUAAAUUGUUAUCUUGUUUCUUGUUUUAAUGCCAUGUGCAUUAUUGUAAUAAUUAAUUGUUAAUAAACUGUAUACGAGCAUCCCAAAAUAA